CAUUCCGUAUUGGUGUUACAUGUUAAUCCUUCCCCUCGCUGGGAAAUCGUUAUUUAGCAGAAAGGCAAGCACUCACACUAAAAAGCUAAUAUGAGUGGAGCUGGAAAAAAGGCUGUCGGGGCACCGUCUGGUGGUGUCGGGGAAUGGAUCAGUACCGCAUGUCGGUUUGCUACAGAUAGGAAUGAUUUUCGAAGGAACCUACUGGUCAACCUGGGCCUUUUUGCAGCUGGAGUUUGGGUUGCCAGGAAUCUCUCAGAUUUUGACCUGAUGUCUCCUCAACCAAUCACGUAGUGCAAUAACUGGAUGGAUGUCGGGAGGUGUUCCGGACCAAAAUGGCAGUCGAAGGGACAAGAUAUAUGCUUUAUAUUUUCUAUUUUGUUGGUUGGUGAUGGGAUAAUGUUAAAGAGAGUCUGGAAACUGGUAAUUACUUUAUUUGAACUGUAUUGCUUUCAGUAUUAUGUACAUGUUAGAUCCAAUGCACACAGUGACAUAACUUAUGGCAAUCAUUUACCUGCUUAAAUAAAGUUCAUAAUACUUUAACUUGCAUCUUAAGUGCUAGAGAGAACUUCAAAACUGAGCUUGGUGUGGAAUCAAUCAUAAAACAGAAAUUCUUCAAGAAUCUAAGUCUGUGCAUGCCCACUUAGCCAUGGGGGCAAGAUAACCAGUCUGCACUAUGCUACUGCUGUCAGUAUCAACAAAGAAAUGUGAUGACCAGAAGCAGGCAUACUUUGAAGUUACCGUUAGAUUGAUAAACAAAUAAACUCUAGAAACAAUGAUCUAUAAUUCAUUAGUCAAAGUCAAUUAUAUGUGGUAAGAAAGGCAUAAGCGUUGAACUGGUGUACCAUUUAUUACUAGGCUAGCUGUUUUUUUUUUUGCUAGCUAGCUACACUGUGGAACCAAAAUAUAAAUGCAACAUGUAAAGUUUAGUCCCAUGUUUCAAGAGCUGAAAUAAAAAAUCUUUUAUCGACA